AUGGCCUCACUCGCUCGCUCUGCAUCCCAAGCCGUCCGCGCUGCAUCCCGUCGUGCACCCCAUGUAUUGGCCACCGUCAAGCCUGCCCAGACAGCCUCAUUCUCUGUCCUCGCACGAGCUUCAGCGGUCAAGGCUGCUCAACGUUCGACGCCCCAGGGAACUCGCGGAGUCAAGACCCUCGACUUUGCCGGCACAAAAGAGGUCGUCUAUGAGCGCAGCGACUGGCCCUUGGCCAAGCUCCAGGACUACUUCAAGAACGACACCCUCGCCCUCAUCGGCUAUGGUUCGCAAGGUCACGGCCAGGGUCUGAACGCCCGCGACAACGGUCUCAACGUCAUCGUCGGUGUCCGCAAAGGUGGCGAGUCCUGGAAGCAGGCCAUCGAGGACGGCUGGGUCCCCGGCGAAACCCUCUUCCCUAUCGAGGAGGCCAUCCAGAAGGGCACCAUUAUCAUGAACCUCCUUUCCGAUGCCGCUCAGUCGCAAACGUGGCCCACCAUUGCCCCUCUGAUCACCAAGGGCAAGACCCUCUACUUCUCCCAUGGUUUCUCGGUGGUGUUCAAGGAUGACACCCAUGUCGUCCCUCCUUCGGAUGUCGAUGUCAUCCUUGUUGCCCCCAAGGGCUCUGGUCGUACCGUCCGCACUCUCUUCAAGGAGGGUCGCGGUAUCAACUCCUCGAUUGCCGUUUGGCAAGACGUCUCCGGGAAGGCGAAGGAGAAGGCCAUCGCUCUUGGUGUUGCCGUUGGCUCUGGCUACCUGUACGAAACGACCUUCGAGAAGGAGGUGUACUCUGACCUUUACGGCGAACGUGGUGUCCUCAUGGGUGGCAUCCAAGGUCUCUUCUUGGCCCAAUACCAGGUUCUCCGCAAGAACGGUCACUCUCCUUCGGAAGCCUUCAACGAAACCGUUGAGGAGGCUACCCAAUCUCUGUACCCUUUGAUCGGCGAGAAGGGUAUGGACUACAUGUUCAAUGCCUGCUCCACGACCGCCCGUCGUGGUGCCCUCGACUGGGCACCCAUCUUCGAGAAGGCCAACGUCCCCAUCUUCGAGCAGCUGUACGAGAGCGUGCGGAAUGGCACUGAGACCCGCAAGUCUCUGGAGUUCAACGGCCGCUCGACCUACCGCGAGGACCUCAACAAGGAGCUCGAGGUCAUCAACAACCAAGAGAUCUGGCGUGCUGGCAAGGUCGUGCGGUCAUUGCGUCCCGACUACAAGCCUGAUUCAGAGUAA